AUGGACAAAUGGCUCGGCAAGCGCGUCGCGGCAGCGGCUGUCGCGCCACCCUGCAAAACCCCUGUCACUCCCAGUGGUGCUGUUAGCCAGCCGGAGCCUCCCACCCCGGCCCUCUUGCAAGUUUCAUCCUCUUCGCUUACCCAGUCAGCUUGGCCUGUUGGUUCUCCCGAACCAACUUCCGUGGAACUCCCCGUGAGCUCAAAUGAGGAAGAUAUGGAUUUGUCUUCCUCUCGGAAACGCGGCCGCGACAGCGAUGACGAGGGUGACGCCCCAGAGCAGUUGAAGGGUUCGACUGCCCUCCCGGAGAGCAAGAAGUCAGCGCCUGUCCCUCCUUGCCCCACAGCUGAGGACCGGGCUGCCGCUUCGACCGCAUCUGCAACCAGGACCGCAGUGCCCAAUCCUGCCAUUCCUGUCAGGGACUGCACCCCCGGAGAUACUGUGAUUGCCAAGGCAACGGAUUCACUUGGAGACACUCCUGCCAAGUCUACCACGGGGGCCAAGGCAAUCUCGGAGGUUCCCCAGAAACCUCCACUACUGGCUGCCCUCGGAAAGACGCCUGCUGCAAAGGCGACAAGCGGCAAGCCACAGAGCGGAGCUGCCUUCCUGAAGGAUCCGCCACCUCCUCCGACAAAGUGCCUUGCCUCGAAAAAGAAGAAGGGCAAGGCGGCUUCUCCGCAGCAAUCAGCGCCACUGAAGGACGCUCCCACCAGCCCCCGAUCGCGCUCUCCCCGGCACCCGAGAGCGGUGAACCAGAAGAGGACGCGUUCACCACGGUCCUCUCUAGGAACGCCCAGCGUCGUGCCUGGGCUCUACAACAAGCCGCCACUGAACCGUACCAACAAGCCGACACCGUACCGCCCUUCUGUCCCGAGAGCGGCCUUCGAGCGAGGAUCCCGCCUUGUGAUUGCCGCCGUGCUCUCUGCGCUACCAGUGUCAGGAAGAACGCAGGGUGGCAACCAUCAUGACCACCGCCUUACUCACCUCUCUUGUCGUGCCGUCCGGGCCUCUGUGCGGGAAGAGGCACAGCAGGCGAAGACCGCUACACAAGUCUCGUACGCACAGGCCCGAACCGGCCACUCACGAAUGUACCAGUCGGCGAUGUUCCCUCCUGGCCAGCCACCCAAAGCAGCCCCACGGACCAUCCGAGCCGGACCAUCUGAAGCCGCCACCACAACCACCGAGGCACCAGCCACACCACCACCGCAGGCCUGCCCAGACCCCCGCGACCAGCUGAUCGCGAGCCUGCAGCUGACACUGAAGGCCAUCGGAGAGAUGCUGCCUGCUGAUAGCCCACUCCGAGCGCUCUGUCUCCAGAUGGGAGGCGUGCCAUCCGCCCAACACCAGCAUGGCUAG